AUGUUGCCAGAGUCGCACCCACUCCGCAGGAUGGUGGAUUUCCUCCGACGAUAUGAGGACUUCACCUUUUUGAAUUACGAUGUUUCAUCAUCGAGCAUGCGAGCGGCCAUCAAGUAUAGGCAAAGCUUGGCUGCCCUUCAGAACAACAUCGUAGAGACACCCUGCGUAACCUCGGCUACAUGGGAGCAGGCGGGUAGCUUAUUUGCAGCAUACCGUCUACUCGAUCUCGUAGCGUUGUGGCCAGCAGCCUUUGGACCAUCGUUGCCGGUGACCGUGCCCCUGAAUGAAAUACAGGCCAGCACAGGAACUAAGGAAAUAUUUUCACGGUUCAAGCUUGUAGAUGACUUGAAGGACUGGCCGGCAAUGCUCUGCUCUGCCAGGAAGCGCAUCCUCAGAGCCGACUCUAAGUCGCACAGAAACAUCAACACCCCUUCUAUCAGUGACACGCCGUCAUCCGCUUUCACCCAGGGCGGGCCCUCGGAAUCAACGCUAUUACUCUGUCUGGCGCGUAACCACUUCAAGGGUGUUGUGGGGAAAAUAAUCGGGAAUGUGUACUGCGCCUCGCUACACUACCAAAUCUUGUCAGGAAUGCGCGGUAUGAAGGACAAUGAACACAUUCUACCAGACAUUCCAACGGACACGGCUACUCUUGCAAAUCUCUAUGCAAGCGGCCAUCCUGAUGCUGCGUUGUUCCUCUCAGAGGUCACGCCAUCUCAUUUAAAAAUUCCUCUGCAUGUCGCCCUUUUCAUAUCCCCCAUCCUUCUUUUUGUGAAUAAAUCUUGGUAUUCUAAGAAAUGUGACCGGGAGCAGCUGCUUAAAGCCUCAAAAGCGCUCGGUAAUUGUCGCCCCCGUGUUCUGCGUGAAGUGGAGAUGGAAAUUUGGAAAAUCAUUGCAGCGCAAAAUUGCGACAUCCAGUCAGCCUUAUAUAAACUUGUUAUCUCAGACUGCUGGAUGGAAUGCGAGCGGGUAAUUGCACAAGAUCCCGCGUUUCACUUUUUCAUAUCGUCAACGAGCAGCGCCGAGGUUACAGCAAAUUCUAACCUAGCAAGGCACAGCACUGAACCACACGCUCAACUUCAGACCGUUUCCCAUCAUGGUGAAAAAACCACCUGUGAAGGGUCCGACGCAGACGCGGAGGGUGACGAUGAUCACGAAGUGGACACGACGGAAAUGGUCAGCAUGGGUCAACGGGAGAACGGGGACAAUACGGUCCCUACCUCAAAUAUACAGCCUCCGGAAGACACGUCUUCAGUGGCUGGCAAGGAUGUCAGCAUGGGUCAACAGGAGAACGGGGACAAUACGGUCCCUACCUCAGAUAUACAGCCUCCGGAAGACACAUCUUCGGUGGCUGGCAAGGAUGUGCCCACGGACAAGCAACCUGGUUUGCCGCGGAGUGAUGAUAUUGGAUCUGGUCUACUUCAGACUGAGAAUACUGGGCCCUCAACUGCAGGGGAUUGUGAGAUGAACGUCGAUCCGGAGCAAGCUGAUGUCGACCAUCAAAUGGAGGAUGGUCCACAUACCAAUGGUCCAGAAAAUUUGGGAGACGGCGGGGCUGGACAAGGAGCUGAAGGGUCUUCUGACGAGGCAAAUCGUAUGUCGGAAGUUCACGAGGGCGAAAAGCAGGGGCAAGACGGAGAACGACCCGACGAGGAGAACCGAAUGUCAGAAGAUGGUGAGGAGGAAAGGCCAGACGACAGUUCGUCGGACAAUGAGACCGAGAAGCAGGGGCAAGGGGAUGUUCCACCAGUCCAGGAGGACAGAAUGUCGGUCGAUGGAGAGGGGGUAGGCCCAGAGCAAAACAAUGAUUCCUCAGACAUGGAGAGGAAUACAUUGGAAGACAGCCAAGGCGAAAAGGAGGGGGAGAACGCACCUCCUGCUCCUCUUAUUUUGAGGAUUCCUCCUGUUUCCCAGAUAAACAGGAGCAAAAACACCACGGCUGACUCCUCUCAGAAAGGGAAAGGGAAGGGCCGGCAGGGCCUUUCCAAGCGGCCUCCCAAACGCAAGCCGACGCAGGCUACCGACACAUUUGAUUUGGACGACGACCUGUGUAUUGAUGUCGAUCUGUACGACAGCAACACCACCCUUGAUGUCGUCAGCACUCCGGAGAAGGUGUAUGGCACCAAAGUUUGGUCCAUCUACAACGGUCGUGGCCAACUUAAAAGUUUCUGCGUUGUUGCCCAUAGUCAAGCCGACGUGGAUCGUGUUGAAAGGGUUCUGGAAUUGGUCGAGAGUGACUACGUCGAUGGAGUUCCAUUGCACAUAGCACGUCCCGAAGAAUCAUGUUUUGCGGUAUUCGACCGCAGCACCACGAAAUCCAUGUAUCUGAUGGAGUCUUUCUCUGAAAGGAACGUCGUCCUUAUGUCUCCUUCUCAAGAGGAGUCUAUUUCAACUUGCUCCGACGAGUUCUACAGCCAGGUACGUCGCCAUAUGGGUGAUAUGACGAGCACCAGGUCAAUCCAAGAUAUGUCGACCAUGUCGUCUAACUCCAUCGAGAGGAUUAAGCGUGGGUCCCUCUCUCAGGUCAUGGAAGCAGCAAGGAUGAAAGGCAAAAGAGGAAAGAUCCUCAAUGCCCUCGACAUCCCUUUACCUCAUGCAGGCGCUCACUCUUUUGACUUGAGUACUGAGGCGGCUGCUCUUCGGGCUACAUCUGGUAGCUGGAAGUAUAGUACCCCCGUCCCAUUUGGUGAUAUGUCGUGGGGACUCGUAGCUACAGAGGGGGCAUUUUCAGAUAUCCAUAUCGAUGCCAAUGGUUUCUGUUCCUUCAUCCAACCUCUUCAUGGACUAAAGCUGUGGAUUAUCAUGUAUCCCAGACGGUUGGAUGUUGACCUUUCUUCUGACCGCCGUGUAUUUCUGGGAGACAAGCUGGAUUACGGGGAAACGCACCACCAAGACUGGAUUUACGAGGCGAUUGUUCUCGAUAACCAGUCAGAACUCUUCAUGAGACCGAAUACUCUACAUAUGGCGUAUUCUAUCUCCUCAGUGGUUUGCCGUGGCGGACAUUUUUACUCCUCCACUUCCUUUGAAGAAACCCUGACAGGAAUCAUUCACUGUUUUACCGCUGGAUACAGGGCAACGAAUACAAAUCAUUCAACGUCCCGAUUUUUCCUGCAGCAAACCAUACAUUGGUUCUACAAGGUUUUGGUUGAAGGUGACAGCGACCCAGAAGAUUUUUAUGAAAUGUACCAUGUCCCAUUCUACAGUACGCAGUCCGGAUACUCGAGCUUGAUAGCUCUGUGCGUGUACAUGAUCUUGGCAAAUGCGCUCGACUACGAGACCUAUCGAAAUCCCGAUCAGAUGUUCUCCACCAAGACUUUGGCACAGUUAGACGCAUGGAUGCGGUGGGAUACCAACAGCCUGAGCGACGAAGAGCGCAAGGCGUGCAUCUUUGCCCGUGGCGAAGCCUUGGCUAUUCUAGAGUGGCUAUGUCAUCGCACGAAGUCCAUCCACUACAUGAUUGAGACGGACAAAAACAAGGAUGCACAAAAUAUCAUGGCGACAGAAAAGUUCCAUGAAAUGAUACUUUGCCGCUAUGCCCGUAUGAUUCUAGCCUACGACGCAGAAGCCAAACAUAACAACAUUGGUGGUGCCCCUUGCUGUACCGACACCAGUUUGCUUUUUGUCCAGCUUCAGGGCGUCUGCAGCGGAGAAUUGAACAAGGUUAUAUGUCGCAGUAUCGACCAGCUUCCUCGUUCCUCGGUCCCAAAGAUGCUCAAGUUACCCGUAAUCACUCUCAUUGACUGUGAUGCCUGUGCGGAUUCCUCAACGCAAUUGAUUGGUAAGAUCGAAUUCAGUAAGGAGGGAUUCUAUGAAAGAUUCUUGGUGCAACCACAAUUCGCAUGUAGCGCGAUUGUGUUCAAAGUAGACACCGAGAAAACAUCUGACAGGGCCGAGGUCCUUGAUGCCAAAAGCUUUCCCUAUCUCGAUCUUGAGAUGACUGAGGAAUUCGCCGCAGUUGGAGGCACCCAGACCAUCAUCGACGUGCAUUGCGAGAAGGCAGUGAACUCACUUUCCGUUCCAGAUGCGAUUGAAGAAGAAGACAGCGUGAUCUUGUUCUGA